AGGGCUGCAGCCAUGGAUCUCCUUCAGCGCUUGGACGCGCAGGUCCUAAGCCGCACCUUGUCCUGGCUGCCCCAGCGACAGGCGUUGCAGUUGAUGAUCUUAGCCUCCGACUGGGUGAAGCUCGUUGCAGCGCAUUUGAGGCGUUUAGUCAUCGCGUCAGAUUUACCCUUGGGCCUUGUGACGCGAGCUGCACCUUGGUGUCAGCGCCUCGUGGAGCUGCAGUUCCAGGCCUGCCAGGGGGACACGGAGAAGUUCUGGGCGACGACAGCGCGAUGUGUGGAGCUACUGCGGGGGGCACCAGUGAAGCAGCUGGGGGUGAAGGGAAGAUAUGUGGAGAAAUGCCGCCAGGAUUGCCAGGAUGGGACCCUCCAGGAUGCUCAAAACUUGGAGGCCUCCCCCAUUUUUAAAGCACUGGCAACACACGCGAGCCAUUGGGAUGUGGAAACCUUCUCUGUGGAGUUGGUGCCCCUGGCAGAUGUCAUGCAGCCAAUGGGAUGCUUUCUGGAAGGAGCAACAGGGCUGUCAUCACUGAUGCUCAGGCAAUGUGGUCUCACUGGCCCGGGCGCAGCACCUCUGAAAUUCCUUUGUGAGACACUGGUAUCCCUUCCAUUCAAGAAUUUGUUGACCCUGGAUCUCUCCAUGAACGCGCUGUGCCUGGAAGGUGCCAACUUCUUAGGAGAAUUUUUGCAGUGUACGCCCCAGUUGCAGACGCUUUUGCUUGGAGGAAAUGGACUGGGACCAGCAGGUUUGGCGGCCCUGGUGCGUUCCCUGUCACAGCUGCCUUUGAGUACUUUGGACCUCUCACUGAAUGGCUUGGGAACCACGGGAGUUGAAACCUUGCUGCCAGCAGGGCUGCAGCUUCAGUCCCUGAAUCUGCGUGGGAAUUGGUUUGGUUCCAGCCAUUCAGAGAUCAUCGUGCACCUUUUGCAGUCAAUGAGUGCAACGCUGGUCAAGUUGGACAUCUCGCAAAACAAACUCGGGCCUCAUGGUGUUGGAGAGAUUGUGCGCAAUCUGCCGCCUCUUCCAAAGCUUCGCGCGCUGAUCCUUGCAGAAAAUCAGUUUGCGACGGCAGACUUUUUGCCGGAGGCCUUCGGACAUUUGUCAGAGAUGGCACCUCAACUGGAAGAAUUAGAUCUCACUGCCAAUCAGCUUGGCAGUCACCGACCCACAGUAGGUGCCCUUUGUAAGCAGCUACCGGGCUCCCUUCGGGCUUUGUGGCUGGGAGCCUCUUCAUUGAAAGGUGAAAAUCUUCAAGCGGUGCUGCAGAACUUGGACUUGCCGCUACUUCAGCGCUUGAGCCUGGUGCAAGCCAUGAUGGACGAUCAGAGUCUUCAGCUGUUUUCUGGCUGGUGGGUGAAGGAUCCAUUACCGCAACUGCAGUUCCUCGACAUCAGUGGCAACUUUGUGAGUGGUGCUGCCAUUGCACGCUUGAAGCUGGACCUGCACCGGAACAAAGCCUUUCGGCAACUGAAAGGACGCGGCCGCACGCACCCGCUGAAAUCCUAUCCUCAUCAUUCUUGAAAA